AUGGAAAAAAUGGCAAAAACCCAGUUCACAGACCCGCUUCAAAAAGAAUGCCAUCCAUCGAGCCUCCCAAGUCUUCCUCACGCCCGUUUCGUUUACCAACAACUUCGCUCUCAAUUCUGUCGCGAUAUUUGGUGGCUCUCCCUCGCCAUUCUUCUUAUAACCAUUACUGAAUCAGAUCACUUCGAAGCCGAUCCCUUGGCUUUUUCUACCUUCAGAAUUAUUUUUGAAGCCGUGUCUGCAUACAGCUAUGUCGGUGUGAGUGUUGGUUAUCCCGGCCAAAGCUAUUCGUUUUGUGGUGCGUGGCACACAUUUAGCAAGCUAUUGCUAAUUGCAGUUGCAUUGCGAGGAAGGCAUCGUGGCCUGUCUGCUGUUUUUGCUAAUGCCGAUCUUUCUCCCGAACCACGGGGAGUCAUCAGAGAAGAAGACAUGCGGUUGGAGAAGGACAGACAUGCAAAUACUAAGGAAACGUUGGUUGGCUGCGUUUAA